UUUUACAGUAGUAGCAUAACUACGAAAAUUGAAAAAAGUUGAAAAAGUUUCCCUCUGAAUUCCCGCCGUCGCCCGCUGGAGGAAUAGGGCUGCGAACUUGCCUCCGCCGCCCGACCACAUACACCCUACACUAGAAAAUUUCUAUGUCAAGCGCAUCUGAGCCCCACGCGUCCGCAUUUUCGGCAGCAGAGCUGGAGUUUCUCGCGGAGGAUGAAUUGAUUGAGAUUGUGCCAAAUUUGAGAAUGGAUCCGCUCAAUUUCAUCUCUGGAGAUUUUGGUCCUUUCAGACCGCAAAUUGCAACUCAAGUGCCACUUUGGUUGGCCGUCGCCUUGAAGAAGAGAGGAAAGUGCACAAUUCGAGCUCCGGAAUGGAUGUCUAUCGAUAAAUUAUCACAAGUGUUGGAAUCAGAGCGAGAUUCUGAGAAGUUUCAGCCCUUGCCGUUUCAUUAUGUAGAAAUAUCAAGGCUUCUUUUUGAUCAUGCUCGAGAAGACAUCCCUGAUAUCUACAUGGUAAGAUCCCUCGUUGAAGACAUCAAGGACGUGCGGUUUCAUAAAAUUGGGACGGGCUUGGAGAUUAUCUCGAAGGAACGUACUUAUGCUCUAAGGCUUAAAAAUUUAUCUGCUAUGGAAGCAAAUAUAGUGCGUCCAUUUGUUACAAGAGCUCUCGAGACGCUUUAUAAACUUGGCAGUUCGGAGAUGAUACAAGAAUCAGACACCAAUAGACAGCCCCCUCAAGCAAUGAAUCGUGGGCCAAGGCGGCAACUGAAAGAUAGAUGAGCCAAUACGGACAUUUGGUGUAAACGGACAGCAAGUUAUUUCUGCUACUCGGAAUGGCGUAAGUUUCAGCAAAAGUAUUGUGAUUUAGUGUUGCACUCUGUCUUUGUUGUCUUAAUUAUGUAAGCAUUAUGGGUGUUUUAAUACACCAUUUAUUUAUUAGCUUAUUAAUUUUGGUGUUUUGCUAAAUGACCUGAUAGACGACGAGUAGAAAAGAUGGUGAUCUAAUCCUCGGCAAUAUUUUCGAUAUUAAUUCUUCCUCGGAGCUACUACUCAUGCUCAGGAAAAUUAUUGACAAAGAUGUUAGAAACUGAGUUCAGAGUUUUAGGUCUGCUAUAUAUUUCUAAUUCAGUUUGAUCUAUAACAUAUAAUUUUUAAGAAAACUCCAUUGAUUUCUGCAAGUCUUUUUUCACCAUCUCUUAUAAUAUUUCUCCUCAGUUUGAAGUGACAUUCAAUCAAUCUUCUCACUCACUGAUCUGGUAUAUUUUUUGAUAAUAUACUAUUUUUAUAUGCAGAAAUAAUGUUCCAUUAAAUAUAUACUCGGUAUAAAGUUUGGAGAAAUUCUUAUACUCAGCCCAAAUCCAUCAACAAAAGGCUAAUCAAUAUUCUAUGGCCUAUUAAUUGAAUUUAUUUAUGGGUUAGAUGAAAAUCUAACGGCCCAAUUGCAUAAGCUGGCGUAUUUCUUUUUAUCCCACAUCGGAGAAUAGUGUUUUAUUUCUCAGUUUAUAUACCGCAACCUCACUACCACAGUAUGUCCCUUCGGGGACAUCCGAUAAAAUUGGAACGAUACAGAGAAGAUUAGCAUGGCCCCUGCGCAAGGAUGACACGCAUAAAUCGAGAAAUGGUCCAAAUUUUUUU